AUGUGGGGGCCGGGGAAAGCCGAAGCCGCACACCAGGACGCCCCGCACCUGCACGACGCCAUCCAUCCGAUCGCCCCCCACUCCCCACCCUCCCACCCCCCGUCCUUCCUUCCGUCCGCGGAUUGCGGCUUUUCGGCGCUCGGACGGCCGCAUGACGACGUCAGCCACGCGGCCAAGAAGCACCGAGGAGGAGCCCACACGGUGGAGUCCAUGUUCACUCCACCUGGCGGGGCCCCCGCUCCGGGCCAAGCAGGGCCUGCCGGACCAUCGCUGCCUUUGUCCACCACUUCCUUUCCACCCGCUGCGGCCCCGCCCAUUUGUAACGCCGUGAGGACGCGCUCCGUCGGCACCAACACGCAGGAAGUGGUCCCUCCGUCCAUGCCCAACUCGGACGCCGACUUCUUGGGCCCCUGCCAGCCGGGUACCAGCGUCAACCUGGAGGGCAUCGUGUGGCACGAGACCCAAGAAGGCGUGUUGGUGGUCAACGUGACGUGGAGGAAGAGAACCUAUGUGGGAACACUGUUGGACUGCACCAAACUCGACUGGGCUCCUCCCAGGUUCUGCGAGUCUCCGUCCAGUGACCCAGAGAUGGCAGGUGGGCGUGGCCGGGGGAAAAGGUUGCGUCUUGCUUUAGCAGAGCGGCCCUGUGGGGAUGCGCCACCGCCGGUCAAAGUGCGAGGCCUGCCGCAACACCGUAGCCGGGGCGGCGGCAUAGGCAUGGCAGCCUCACCAGUGCACAGCAAAGGUCGGCGUGGAAGCCUAAAACUCCUCGCCACCUGCAGAGCUUCGCCGCCGUUUUUCACCACCGAGGAAAGCAAACCUUCCAACCGAGCCUCCGUCCUCCCAUCCGGCAAGCGGAAGAACAAACCGCCCGCUGACUUGGACCUCAGUCUCGUUUCCUCGGCGGACAUUAAAAACGGGAAUGGGAAGAGGAUUCGAGCCAAAUCCCGCAGCGCCCCGUGUACACCGCAGGGCAAGUCAGACCCCUCUUUCCUGGACCCAGGGGGUGGUUGCACCUCCCCACCUCCACAGAUCCUCAUUGACUGCCCUCACCCCAACUGCACCAAGCGCUACAAGCACAUCAAUGGCCUGCGCUACCACCAGACGCAUGCCCACCUGGAGGCAGAGGAGCAGAGGAAUCCCGACACCGAGGAGCGACUGUCAGAGUGCGAGGACGCCAUCUAUGACCUUGCGGAGUCCACCAACAAUGGCACUGCUGCCAACCCCUCGUCCAAAAAAGCCGCCCCGUUGUACAAGGUGACGACGGUGGGUUCGCCCAAGAACCGGCGGCUUCUCCUCAGCACCAAAACCAGGAGGAGCUCCCUACUGAAGGACGGCCUGAUGGACGACCUCAGCAACCUCCCCAUCAUCUCCAAUAUGACGGUGGUUCUGGAGAACUGCAUGGUACCAGACCGGAGCACCACCGUGGAGAUGCCCAAGCUGGAAGCCGAAGGUCUGAUCGACAAGAAGAUCCUCUCUGAUAAGAGCAAAAAAGCCAAUGGUAAGGUAGAUAAGCUAUCCAAGUCGCGGGCCAACCGGCUAAUUGCUCCAGCCCCGACGCCACCGAAGCUUGUUGCCAUACCCGGUGCGGCGUAUCCGAUGGACAGCGUCCCCUCACAACAGCCUUCCCCCGUGGCGGCUGUUGGCCUAACGAGCAAGAACUCGUCCUUGAAACCGAUCAAGCCCAAGCUCAGCGCAGUCGUGCAACCCAGCCUGGUCAAAGCCACACUGCUGACCUGCAAAGAGACCCGCAAGAAAGAGAAGCGACGACUCAAGGACAAGCACAACCGCGACACAACCGCUCGGACGGCAAACGGUGACACCAUUAAGGUGGAAGACGGUGCUUCUAAAACGGCCACCAAGGAGAUUCCGGGUAGCCUCCUGAAGGAGCACCUGAGCAAGCAGGAUGUGACGAAUGGGCACAGUGAGAGCCAGGAAAGCAGAAUGGCGAGUAUCCGCGCCGAGGCCGACAAGGUCUACACCUUCACAGACAAUGCCCCCAGCCCCUCCAUAGGAAGUUCAUCGCGGCUCGAUGCCCCCGGCGGUUGUCUGCUGUUGGGGGACAGCAAGGACAACAGUCCCGCCUAUUCCGACAUCUCGGAUGCGGGGGAUGAUGGCGUGUCCUCCGAAAAUCGUCUGGAUGGGCUCAGAUCCAAGUCUGGCUCCUCCGUAUCGUCUGAAGUCAACUUUAACGGUAACCAUAGCAGCGCCAGGAAGACGCCACCCACGGUGCCCGCCCCGCCUUCUACAAAAGAGCCCCUGUCCCCGUACUAUCACAGCUUUGAGCCAUACUACCUGCCGGGUUGCGUGAAGGCGGACAGGCAGAACAUAUACCACAAAAUUUCCUCUCAUGAUUCGAAAAGUAAAGAUCGAAAGGAGGAGGCUCACGGUGAUGUCGACUUUACGGACUGUAAGAAAGGUGACGGGCCGGUUGCACCUUCUCAACUGCAGCUUGCCAUGAGUCAGACCCAGACCGCCUUAGCCCAGUCGCUGUAUUAUGGACAGUACUCACGAGGACUUUACCUGGACCAGAAACUCCUAAUGGCCUCUAAAUGCUGCGAGCUAAAGCAGCGUGCCGAACGGGGGCCAGUCGGGCGAGAUAGUGACGGGGACAUCAGACACGCCGGCGGGGCUAAAGGUCCAGAAGGUGCUAAAGCCUGCUGUCCCAAAGCCAUCCUGUCCUACUUGGAGGAGAGGGGGGAAAGAGGGCUGGCUUUGAAGGUGGACCAGCACCAUGUCUCGACCAAAGACUGUGAGGACAUCAAGUCACCUUCCUCCUCCUCCUCCUCCUCCUCCUCCUCCUCCUCUUCUUCAUCCUCAUCACACCACAACCCCAACACUCAGACAGAUCUGGACUCAAACAUUUCCUAUUCCAGCCCCCCAGACGGCUCCCUGUGGCCCCACCGCCUGGCUCACAGCAAAUUCUCAGAGCUGCAGAGUCCUCUCGGCGAGGCGGCCGAUGAGGGUGACACGGAGAGGUCAAAGGAGUGGGGGAGUACUACCGAGUCAGCCGGGCCCAAAGUGACCUCAGUGGGAGGAGGCAUCGCUCGCGAUGCUAAAAAAGUCCACGGACCGCUCAACCUGCCGCCCGCCGCUGACCCAGACGACUCCGACGGCCUGGAUGGGCUACAGGAGGAACCCAUGAGGAUCCUGUUGGGGGAGUCUCAAAGUGCACGUGCGGCGGUGUCCCCUCCAAUGACCCCCCAGAAGCCCUACAUGUACCAGCACUGCUCGUACCCGCCCUACCUGGCUAUGUGUGAGAGCGGCGGGAGUUCCUACAGGGGGGCGUCACCCACCCUAGUCCACAACUACCCAGGCUUCCACUACCCUUUGUACGGCAAGACGGCGGGCCGGGAGGAGUCCGAGCCUAAUGAAAAAGGUUCCCACGAGGCGGAGCGCGAAGUGGACCAAAGCGACCGAGGCCACACGACGUUGGGCCGACACCUGCACACGCACCAUCACACACACCUGGGACUCGCGUACAACCUGGUGGCGGGACAGUACGACAUCUACCCGGGUUUAAGCUCCAGGUCGCUGGUGCCUGGUCCACAGGUGGCAGGACGAACUGCUGCUGAGAGCGAAAUGAAGAAGUAGUGACGUGGCAGAAGGAG